CUGCAAUGUAGUUCAGACCUGUAGGCGGCAGCAGAGCGCUCCGAGUCCAGUCUGCCGGAAACCACGGAGGAGGAAGAAGCAGUAGAGACACGCACACGCACACAUACACACACGGUCACACUCUGCAGCCAGUGGAGCCUUGUUAUUUUCACAAUAUAUGAGUAGCAGUAGACACGCCACAUCGUCAAAAUAACGCAUUUCCUCUGAAGCCGCUUCUUCACUCGGCGGUUCCACAGUUAGCAUGACGCUCUGAGCCCGGACAUGUACCGCCCCGGUAAACCUGCACACGGGCUGCCGCCGCCGUUUGGACCUCCGCCUUCCCAUGGCCCUCCAUUCAGACCCUGUGGUAUCCCUCCUCCGGGACACUUGCCCCCUGGGCCUUGUGGGCCGUAUUCAGCCUCAGCACCGGAUAGCCAUUUCCUCCAAAACAGGCCGCCGAGAGGGAAUUUCAUCAGGCCCCACUGUAGCAGCUUCUCCAUAGACCAUAGUACAGUUAUGGCUUUGGGAGGCAGGCAGCAGAUCAGCCGUACUGCAGAACCACCGCCCACUCAGGUCCCACAGUGGACGCCUACCAUGGAACAUCGUCCUCCAGACAACAGUGAACAAGCUGGUGAGGAAUUCCUAAGAUGCAUUGCGGCCAACAAGCCUCUCCCUGACUACCUCAAAGGGAACAUGGCCUACAAUCUGGUUGAUGCAUUCAAGUCAGCUAAUGUCCUAAAAGAAGCAAUCAAAUCAGACCCCGAGUUCCAAAAGCACGUGACCAGAAGCAAAAGUUGUAGUCGAAGCCGCAGUCGUGGCAGAAGCCAGGGCAAAUCUCAAGCCAAGAGUCACAUACGAAGCAAAAGCCGAGCACGCAGCCGUAGCAGAGGAAGGAGCAGAAGUUGUGCUCGUGGCAAAAGCAGGGCAAGAAGCAAGAGCAGGGCAAGAAGUAAAAGCAGGGCAAGAAGUAAAAGCAGGGCAAGAAGCAAAAGCAGAGCUAGAAGCAAAAACAGAGCUCGGAGUCGGAGCCAGAGUCGAAGCAAGAAGAAGAAUCGCGGACGGAGUAAGAGCCGAGUCAGGAGGUCCAAGUCACGAAGUAGCAGUGGUGAAAAGAAACAUGGCAAAGACAAAAAAAGAAAGAGGAGCCCCAGCUGCAACAGCAGUGUCGGCAGCACUAAUACUCUGACAGGAAACAGUCUGUUAGAAGGUCUGAAGCUGGUCAUGAACAGCAAAGAACUGGAAGAGAGGUUGCCUACCCUCAAAGAUGCCAUCCUCACUAUUCAGGCCUCAGAUGGAAGCAAAAAAGUGGAGAGUGUUCCUGAUCAGCACAGACAUCAACAGCAUGACAGUCAGGAGAAUUUCACAUCAUUGGAAAAUGACAGUAUGCUGCUUCCUCAUGAUAGAGUAGGUAGUGACUUCUCCUGGCUUCAGACGCAAAGUCAAGAGGACUCCACAGUCCAAAAAGCUAAUGAGCUUGAAGAUGAAGAGUCGUUCUUGUAUGGGAAUGAAGACAUUGGGGGAAAACAAACCAAUAGGUCCUCUUCUGCGCUUUUCGCAGCGUUUUCCCAGAUUGGAGAACAAACCAAACCACAGGAAUUGGAUAGUCCAGCUCUUGGCAGUCAGCAGUGUCAUCAGAACAAGUCCAUGUUCAAUAACUUUGGAGAUCUGCCUAAUCUGAAGCAACCCCUUCAGACGAUUUCCUCAAAUUUUACCUUGGCCAAUCUGGAUAACAGUGAGUGCGUAAAGAUCAAGAACAUAUUAAAAAGUCUGGGCACCACAGACAUCAGUGAGAUGAUGGUUAAGAUGCAGGGGCAGAAAGAGGGGAAGCAGCUGCCUCCUGCACCACUCAGUUCAGACCCAACAGCAGCACUGAGUGACCCGAAUGUACGGCAAGCUCUGGAGUCUCUACAGUCACUGAUCAAAGCGACCAAGGAGAAGCGGGCACAAAAAGAUGGCAGUGGCACAUCUCAGACAUCUUCUGAUAAACACAAGGCUGGUGAUGACGAGGACAGGAGGAGGGACAAACAAGACAGAACAAGUACAAUGGAUUCCUUGAUUAAAGAACUGGAGGCCUUAUUAAAACAGGAUGGAUUGAGUUUUCUGACACCAGCAAUUGGAUUUUACUGCCAGAAGUGUGAGGAGUUCAUUGGAGAUUUGAGUAGUGCUAAAAAACAUGCUGCCAUCCACUGCCAUAGUACCUCUUGCAGUGAAGUGCAGAUGAACAAACAUGCUAGAGACGAACAACUGAGCUACUUAAGCAGGAAGCAACACCCUUCAGACAAGAGAGAUCACAGGGACUACAUAUCCCACAGAAGUUCAGGAGACCACAAGAAUCACAGAGACUACCAGCAAGACUGGAGAGACCACAGAAACAAAACCAACGAUGAUCGUAGAAGUCACAGGAGCGAGCAGGAAAACAUCUCUUUGAAAGAAGAGAUGAAAAAGGAGAGGAUGCUCAUAACAGUGUCCCGUGGACUUUCACCUCUUCCAAACGUCAGGGCCAAGGCGGAGGCGAAGAAGGAGCUGCAGACCACUGAGAGCCACAGCAAAGUCAAAGUGGAAGACAAAUUCAGCAAGAAGAAAUCUUUCAAGGACAGCAAAGAAAAAGAGAAGGGGAAAAGUGAAAGCAGUGAUAGCAGUGACGAUGAGAAAGAGAAAACACAAAAAUCCAAAUCACCCAAAAAGAAGAAGAAGAAGAAGGAUAAAAAGAAGAAGGAUAAAAAGAAGAAGGAGAAGUCCUAACUGUUGUGUUUGUGCUAGUUUUUAUAUCCAGACUAGACUGAUCCCUGAAAUGGUGUUGACAGCUUGUUGCUCAAGUUGCCCAAGUUUCUACACUUACAGGUCCGAGUAUUCUCAUUGCACAGCAGGGAAGCAGUGUUUUCUUUACUCUCCCCACUUAGUGAUCAGAAGAGGGAGGAAGACAGUGAUCAUCAUUGUGCUUAAAGGAACACUUUGACAGGAGAAGAAUAUCAGUUUUAUUUCUGUGAGUCUCGUACAGAGAUGGUUCUCACCUGUGUUUGGCACCAAGACUGGAAGUUAGGGAAGUUGAGAAUUGAUCGAGCUGCUUCCAGUGUUUAUGCCAACCAAGGUCAAAUCCAGUCUGAUCUCUACUCCACGCACAUGAAAUUGAAAAUUGAUAUAAAUUUGUUUUGGCUGUUGCUACAUUUUGAUACAUAUUUUUACAUGAAAACGAAUGUAUUGGAUAUAUUGGCAUGUCCUAAGUUUUCCCUCAUCCUGGUUUCAUCUUUUAAUAAAUCAUUUUUGUCAUAUUUAUUUUUCUAAUUCUCUUGCUACUGUAUACAUUUUUUCCAAGGACCAACACCAUUGUAGUGUUAGAACUGUGAUGUGUAUUUUGUAGUUAAGUUUAAUUUUCUUCUUCUCUGGAAUGAUAGGAAGUCACCUGCUUCUGAGAGUUGACACCCGGAGUCUCCUCUGCCGUUUGUUUGAGACAAAUAAAGGAAAGGGUGCUACUUUGAGUCAAACACUGAGGAAUGUGUCUCAUGUUUCAAAUCUCUGCUCACUUUUUCUGUAGAAAACAGGUCAUCUCCUGAUCUUUAAAUAUUAAGUUUGUGCCAAUGCAGUUUCUUUUUUUAUAUUUUAAUGUUUUUAUUUUUUCCCUGAAUUCAUAAUUGAGAGGAACAGCAUUUUUGGCACUUCUGUACAUACAUACAUACAUACAUACAUACAUACAUACAUACAUACAUACAUACAUACAUACAUACCCAGUAAUGUAAAGGAGACAAGUGCUGACAUAUCAUGAGCUGCAAGUCCUUAUAUGUGGAAUACUGUUAUAAUAAAGUGAAGACAAACUGCA